AAAAUAAUAUUGUAAGUAUUUUAAGUGAAGAAAACAAAAAAGAGGAAAAAAAAAAGGAAUAUAAACCUACAAAAAUAAUUGCGCGGGAAACCCGACCGCGCGGGGAACAUAACUCGGCCGUCCGGUCUCCGUCUUCUCCCUUCGCCGCCUCCAUGGAAAAGUUCGUCGAGCCCGUUCACUCACCUCAACAAAACCCUAAGCCUCCUCUCAGGCCUCACUGGAAGCGGAUGAUCGCCGAACUCGAAGGAAGAGUCCCUUUCUGUUAUCGGCGCCAAGCUUCUCAGCUUCUGCUUGAUUCGCUUGCCGAGGUUAGGAUUUUCGAACAUAAUUACAGAACCGAACCUGAUGGCUGUCCGACGCGCAUGGCACGGAUGGCUAACGUUGCAAAUCUGGACAUGCCGGUUUCUUAUUUAAGGCAGGGGACUUCUGGAUUAGACUUCGACACCAAGGGAAUUUAUCUUGCAUCAGUAACAAAAACAGGAUGCUUAACAGUGCAUGACUUUGAAACCUUGUACUGUACAAUAUAUGGUCCAAAGUCAAGUUCAUUGGAGGAUGAGACAAAGGAUUUGCUCCAUAUUUAUACCUCCAAGGCAUUAGAUUCUGUUCGCUGGAAUCCGACUAAUCAAGAUGAGGUAGCUUGUGCUUCUAGACAACAUGAUAAAGUCAUGCUUUUUGACAUUGGUUAUAUCUCGUCUGAGCCUGUUGAAGUGUUAGAGAAAGGCAAAUCAAAGUUUUCUCAUCAUACUUGUGAACUCUACAAUGGGUUGUCUGAAAUAAUGUUUGCUUCAGCUGACAAGUCAAGGUUGCUUGCUUCUGGUCUUGAUGGUGCUAUUUACAUAUGGGAUAAGAGAUUGAGUAAUUUUCCAUGUCUUGAGCUAACGACUAAUUCACAUAGCCAACUUAAUAGUAUUGCAUUGGACUUGGAAGAUCGGGUUGUAUUUGGGGCAAGUAAACAAGGAAUCAUUUAUGCUUGGGAUCUUCGUGGAGGACGGCCAUCAUAUGCUUUUCAAAGUCACAAUGAUGCAUCUUGCUCCCUCCUGGCAUCUCUAAAGGUUUCGUCAAUGUUGGAGAGAAUCACAACUUUAAAGGCACAAUCAAACAUCGUCUCAAGGGAAAUUCACUCCAUCAGCUUUGAUCCAUCUUGCUAUCAUCAGUUAGCAUUUCAUCUGGAUGAUGGCUGGUCUGGAGUCUUGAAUGUCAGCAGCUUCAAUGUGACACAUGUGCAUUGUCCACCGCCUGCUUGGUUGGAUGGCAUGGACAUAUCGACAAGUUCAAUCAUGCGAAGACCCUCUUGGCUUCCGACGUGCUCGAUAUAUGCAGUUGGAUCUUCUUCUGGUAAUGGGUUGUAUCUUCUGGACUUCUAUCCAGGCACAAGCUCAGCAUGUCAUGUAGACUUCAACGAGGAAUCACAGAACACUUAUAAGGAAUAUCGUGGAGCAGUCAAAAACCAGUAUGUUCCUGUGUCACAGAACAUACUAGUCUGUGCUGUCCAUCCCCUCAAUGAAACAAUAAUUGCAGGGACUAAGGAAUCUUCUUUGCUGGUGGUCUCUCCAAGGCUUCAGGAGCUCCAGAGCACAAACUCUACUACCUGAUGGCCAUAAACAUGCCAGCAUCAUCAUCAGUGACUAGUGAGAACAUGUACAUGAAGCCCAUGAGUUAUCAAUAGCCACCGAUCUUGGUUUAUAAACACACAUCUGCAUAUCUCUGUUCACUUCCGAUGUGAAACACCGGGUGAAAAGUGGCUGACCAGCAGAGAAAGCCAAGGAAAACUGAAGUGAGCAGCAGCUAUUUUUGUGCCUCAAAUAACCACUCAUUUAUGCUACAAGAACAAUGUCUGCCGGGAACUUUUGGGAAGCAGAUACAGGUCAGCAAGAUACCCUUCUCGACUGUCAAUCCGAUCUAUUUAUUUGAUGCUGCCUUUUCUGUCAUGGUUUCAAGAUGCUCCAAUGGUUGUUAUAUCAAGCUUGUUCAUUAAAAAAAACUGUUGUUUGCGUUACCAUUUUAAGAUGGGGGUUUUGAUUUCAUUUAAUUGAUAAGUGAUGAAGGCGAGAUUCGAGAUUAGGAUCUU